AUGGACCAGACAGGAAUCAAUUACAAUAAUGGCCAUGAGGUGGAUGAGGAGAUGCAUCCUGGGUUGAUUGUUGAUCAGAGUGGGUAUUACAGAUCCACAGUUACUGCUGUUCCGGAGAAAGACGGCGCUCUGAAGGCUUCUGGGAUUCCAUUUGUUGUGAAUGUCAGCCUGGAGAAUUAUGAGAACAAAAGCGUUCCUUUGUGUGAUGGAGAGAUUGUGCGGUGCGAGUAUUGCAAGUCGUAUUUGAAUCCAUUUGUUGAAAUCAUUCCACCUGGGCUGAAGUGGAAGUGCAAUAUUUGUUUGAAGACGAACGAUCUGACUGUGGCAUUCCAAGUAACAAGCAGAAGCUCAUCAGCAAGUGGGAGUUUAUUUGAUCCCCGUGCAAAUGCGGCAUGCAAUCAAGGCUAUUCGGGCAGGAUCGAGCUGAGAAGCAUGGUGUAUGAACUGGAUGCGCCGCCAAAUUACUCGUUGAGGACGCCGUCUCCGCCACGGAUCUGUUUUCUGAUAGAGGCGACAUUUGAGUGUAUGAAGUACAGGACCGUUGACUCUAUUGUGAGAAGUGUUAUUGAUGGAUUGAAUCCGGAGUCUUUUGAUUCAAGAGCAAGGAUGAUGUUUAUGUUCUUUGAUUCUUCGGUGUAUAUUCUGAGGCAGGAUGGCGAUUUCACGAUUAUCUCUGAUGCAUCUUUUAUUCCGUUCUUUGUUGAUGAUGAGUUCCUAUUUCCGUUGGGGCAUUCUGUGGAUGCAUCAAAGCUGAAUGCAUUCUUCUCAGGCAACAAGUCGACCAGAAACAACUACGGUGAUGCAAUUAGGAUAGCAGAAAGCAUUAUUGGGCCUGCUGGUGGAUGCAUAGUUUCUUUUGUGACGACGCAUCCGAAUAUGGGGCCUGGAGUGGUUGAGCCGGCCCAGAGUGGAUUGAGAUGCAGGUCUGUGUUUUACAAGGAGAUGGCAGCAUUGCUGGCAAAGAAGUCGAUUUCCAUGACACAGUUUCUGUUUCCUCGCCUGGGGAUCGAUCUUCCGACACUGAGUGUGCUCAGCAAGUAUACAGGAGGAAUGUUGUACUACUACCCAAACUUUGACGGUGCAGACCCGAUAUUUGUCACGAAGCUUGCAAACGACCUGGCAUCGCAUCUUGAUCUUGAUAUUGGCAUGUAUGGCAUGUGCAGGAUCCGAGCAAGCUCCUCUGUGUUUAUCAAGGAGUAUUUUGGAUCUUUACACCAUAGAUCAGCAGAUCUGCUUUCGUUUUCAACGUUUUUCCCUCCGCAUUCCUUUAGUUUUGAGGCUGAGCUGACGAAGGAGGACGGAUCAAAGGGAGUGUGCUUCCAGGUUGCAAUGCUCAGAACGCUUAUAACAGGAGAGAGAAGGAUCCGGGUAGUGAACUUCUGUAUUGACAGAACAGCAGCAUCCAUUUACACUGUUGUUGAUUGCUGUGCUAUUGCACAUGCAUUUGGAAUGAAGGCAUUCUUCUUUGAAUCGAAAGAAAGAGGAGGAGGAAUUGAGUACUUGAGCAAGUCUAUCAAGGAGAUAGUGAAGGCAUACAAACAGCAUUCGAACACGACAGUGAUGCUGCCACAGCCUCUUGAGAUGCUGCCCAUGCUUAUUCUGUCCCUUUGCAAGUCGAUUCCUCUGAGGCCUGCAUCAUACACGCCUGUAGAUUAUAAGUCGUAUUACACAUAUCUGAUUAGCAACUCGUAUCCAAAGCUUGUGGAUGUAAUAAUAUAUCCUACGCUCAUUGCAUUGCACAGACUUGAUGUACUGCAGCCAUUGAACCUUACGCUCAGCUGCCUGGAAGCCAAUGGGCUGUAUCUUUUGGAUACGGGCGUUACGAUAUUUUUCUUUGUUGCCAGAGAUUGCGAUCCGUCGCUUCCUGAGCUGCUUUUUGAUUCAUCCAUGGGAUCUGAAAGGUUUAUUUUUGAUCCUGAGCAAAAUGAGUUCAGCGAUGCGGUUAGCCAGAUAGUUAGGAGUUUGAGGAGCAAUAGGUAUCUCACGCCCAGCUAUGUGCUUGUGAGGGAUGACGGAAGAAGUAGCAUAUACAAGGAUAUAUUCUUCACGUAUUUUGUAGAGGACGAGCUGUAUGGGCUUCCGUCGUAUGCUAAGUUUUUGGAGAUGCUGAAGAGCCAAUAA